AUGGGGCAGCCUGUCUGGGCCGCGCUGGGCCCGGCGCAGAGCCCCCUGGGAGCCCUUGACGCCAUGCGGGCUUCGGAUGACGAUGACGGCGCUGGCCCCAGCGGUGCGCGCGGCCACUACAGCCCGGCUCUGCGCAGCUGCCUGCAGGGGUUCGGUACCGGCGCUGCCCCGCAGCAGCAGCAGCAGCAGCACCGCGGCGCUGACAGCCUGGCAGCGGCGGCGCCCCCCGCCGCAGGGCUCGGGGCUGCGCACGUGGGCGGCCAGCUGCUGCGGUUCACGCUCACCGUGCCUUUCCGGUCCGGCGUGGAGGCGGAGAUGGCCCGAAGGUCCCUCCUCCCCGAUGCCCAGGGCCACCAAGGGUUGGUUCAGAAGGAGAUCUUCGUGGACGGCACUACCUUGGCUGUUAGGUGGGCUGCUGAGGACCCCAUGCUCUUCCGCGUGUCCGUCGGCGCCUUCCUGGACAAGCUCUCGCUGGUGGUUCGGAACAUCCGCCGCUUUGGGACCCCUCCGCUAGCCUGAGGCGGAACACAGGCUCCAGAUCCGAUCCGCCCUGUGGGGCUGCUGUGCCCCUGCUGCUGGGGUGGGGGGUGAGAUGGUUGAUGCAGAAUAAAUACAGUUGUGGAACAAAUAGAGAUGCAGAAUAAAUACAGUUGACUUGC